CCGGCAAUGACGUAGAAAGGCUGCGCGGCGACUCGGCGCAGACACGUCCUGCGGGAGCGAGUGCUGGCGGGUCGCAGUCAUGGUGCACUGCGGUUGCGUGUUGUUCAGGAAGUAUGGAAACUUCGUUGAUAACCUAAGACUCUUCACCAGGGGAGGAAGUGGUGGAAUGGGUUACCCUCGCUUAGGUGGAGAAGGUGGAAAAGGUGGUGACGUCUGGGUGGUAGCCCAGAAAAAAAUGACUUUAAAACAACUUAAAGACAAAUAUCCUCAGAAACGGUUUGUGGCUGGAGAAGGAGCAAACAGUCGUGUUAGUGCACUGAAAGGCUCCAAAGGAAAAGAUUGUGAAAUUCCUGCACCUGUGGGUAUUUCAGUAACUGAUGAAAAUGGUAAAGUUAUAGGAGAACUCAAUAAAGAACAAGACAGAAUUUUGGUAGCUGAAGGAGGUCUUGGUGGUAAAUUCCUUACAAAUUUCUUACCAUUGAAAGGCCAGAGACGAAUAAUUCACCUUGAUCUAAAACUUAUAGCUGAUGUAGGUCUAGUGGGAUUCCCAAAUGCUGGAAAAUCCUCUUUGCUAAGUAAAAUUUCUCAUGCAAAACCUGCAGUUGCAGAUUAUGCAUUUACAACAUUACAGCCUGAACUUGGAAAGAUCAUGUAUAAAGAUUUCAAACAGAUAUUGGUAGCUGAUCUUCCUGGUUUAAUAGAAGGAGCACAUGUGAACAAAGGAAUGGGCCACAAAUUCCUCAAGCAUGUAGAAAGAACUAAACAACUGCUUUUUGUUGUUGAUGUUUCUGGAUUUCAACUUUCUUCUCGAACUCCAUACAGAACUGCCUUUGAAACUGUAUUACUGCUUACAAAAGUAGGUUUUCUGUUGCUCUUUUACUGCAUUCUGCAUCUGGUCUAAUAUAUAGGUACAAAAGACUGUAUGAAAUGACAAUAAUUUUAAUAAAAUAUAUUCCACCUUUA